AUGCUCUUUCUUUCGCUAUCAUUUUUGUUUUUCAGCUAUUUAUUUCUCUUUCUUUCUUUUUCAAUUCUUUAUUUCUCUUUCUUUCUUUAUUCCUUUCUUCCUUUCUCAAUCAUUUGUCUUUUCCAUUAUUUUAUUUUUCUUUCUUUCUUUUUUUUUCUUAAUUAUUUGUCCUUUUCAACCAUUUAUUUCUAUUCCCUUCAUUGUCAAUCGUAUAUUUCUCUUUCUUUUUUCUUUCUUUCUUUCUUUUCAAUUUUACUUUUCUUUCUUCUCAAUCAUUUGAUUUUUCAGUCACUUGUCUUUUUCAAUCUUUCUUUCUUUCUUUCUUUCUUUCUUUCUUUCUUUCUUUCUUUCUUUCUUUCCCAAACAUUUGCCUUUUGCAAUGUUUGUUUGUUUGUUUGUUUGUUUGUUUGUUUCUUUCUUUCUUUCUUUCUUUCUUUCUUUCUUAAUCAUUUGUCCUUUUCAAUCAUUUAUUUCUAUUCCCUUCAUUGUCAAUCGUAUAUUUCUCUUUCUUCUUUCUUUCUUUCGUUCUUUCUUUCUUUCUUUUCAAUUUUACUUUUCUUUCUUCUCAAUCAUUUGAUUUUUCAGUCACUUGUCUUUUUCAAUCUUUCUUUCUUUCUUUCUUUCUUUCUUUCUUUCUUUCUUUCUUUCCCAAACAUUUGCCUUUUGCAAUGUUUGUUUGUUUGUUUGUUUCUUUCUUUCUUUCUUAAUUAUUUGUCCUUUUCAACCAUUUAUUUCUAUUCCCUUCAUUGUCAAUCGUAUAUUUCUCUUUCUUCUUUCUUUCUUUCUUUCCUUCUUUCUUUCUUUGCAAUUUUACUUUUCUUUCUUCUCAAUCAUUUGAUUUUUCAGUCACUUGUCUUUUUCAAUCUUUCUUUCUUUCUUUCUUUCUUUCUUUCUUUCUUUCUUUCUUUCUUUCUUUCUUUCUUUCCCAAUCAUUUGCCUUUUGCAAUCAUUUUAUUUUUCUUUCUUUUUUAUAGCAUUUAUUUCUCUUUGUUUGUUUGUUUUUUCUUUCUUUCUUUCUUUCUUUCUUUCUUUCUUUCUUUCUUUCUUUCUUUCUUUCUUUCUUUCUUUCUUUCGUUUGUAUAUCUGAUCUCCUUUAUUUUUCAAUUUGUCUAUAAUUCAAUAUUCUCCCCUUGCCUUCAGAUUCUACAUCUUAUGAAGUUCUACAUUCUUUCAUGUUUUUCGCCAUUUCUCCUAUUUGCUUAA